AUGCCAGGCUGCAUCGGCGUCUUCGCCUCCGGGUGGAUACGCGUCCUACGCCUGACGGGGUUGUACAGGGACGAGGAGGCCGUCACCGCGCAGGCCAUCAACGGCCUGGUCGUCAGCAUCGACCACCUGCGGGGCCAGGAGGACGCGCUCGGCAGCGAGCUGUCCGCCCUCACGCAGCAGAUCAAGGGCAAGCGCUCGGCCGGCAUGAAGGCCCUGAAGCCCCUCCUCCUCAAGUGCAAGCAGAAGCGCGUCCGCCUCACCCAGAUCGUACGCAAGCGCGAGUCAUUCGAACACCACCUCGACGUCCUGAACAACACGGAGAUCGACCAGACGCUCAUCACCACCGUGAAGCAAACGGCCACCGCCAUGAAGAGCCUCGGGAUACACAAGCAGAUCGACGACGUCGACACCCUCAUGUCCGACCUCGAAGACUCCCACCUCGACGCCAAGGAGAUGUCCGACCUCAUGUCGUCCCGCCUCGGGAGGGAGGAGGACCUCGACGACGCAGAACUCGAAGAGGAGCUCAAGGCCCUCCUUGAGAUCGACGAGGAUGACACCGCCUCCUACCUCCUCCCCUCCGCGCUGCAGGCUCCAUCCCGGAAACAGACCAUGGUUGAAGUCCCGCAGGUCACUUCCAGCAUGGUAUACGCAGAUAAUCCCAAGGAAGAUUUGGAAGAGGAAAAGAGAGUAGAAGUGCCUUUGGUACCCAUAUCUUAA